CUCAUCGGCGAAGCGAAAACAGACUCUCCCUCUCAUCCGCUCUCACCUCAGCUGUCUCCCUCAUUCCUUGCGAGUUAUAAACAAACCAAUCGGGCAGAAGGACUCUGAAGCGACGGCUCAUUCGGAGUUCAAUCCUGAAGCUUCUUCCCAAGCUACCCCGCGAAGAGGUUCCCCUCGCCAUAUCAUUCCAAACCCCACCACCACCACCACCACUAUCAUCACCAUCGCCAAGAUGUCUCACUGCCAUGAUGAGCACCACGGCCACCCCCACGGAGGCCACGACGAGCACGACCACUCGGAUGACAUCACGCCCGCCCUGCAGCACUCGCUCUAUGGCCACGUCAACUUUGACGAGGUGACGGCCCUCAACGAGUCGCAGAUCGGCAGCGCGCGCGCCGUUGUCAAGAAGACGUGGGCCGAGCGGCUUGACCCUGAGCCUGAAGUCGUGAGCGACGCGGACGAGCAGCUGCUGAUCAAUGUCCCCUUCACGGGCCAAGUGAAAUUGCACGCCCUUCUCCUCCGCACCUCCGACUCCCCCUCCGCCCCGCGGACCCUCAAGCUCUUCGCCAAUCGCGACGACCUUGACUUCGCCUCCGCCGAAGACGCCCACGCCACGCAGGAGUUCGAGCUCUCGCGCACCUCGCAGGUCCAGGAAAUCCCCGUCAAGCGCGCCCUCUUCGGCCGCGUCCAGCGCCUCACGCUCUUCUUCGUCGACAACUUUGGCGACGGCGACGAGGACGAGACGCGCCUCGGCUACCUCGGCUUCAAGGGGGAGUGGAUGCAGCUUGGCCGCGCGCCGACCAACAUUCUCUACGAGGCGGCGGCGAACCCGAGUGAUCACAAAAUCAAGGGGACGGGGGUAAACGAGGUCGGCGGGGGGAUCGGGGGACGCCAGUGAGGU